CGGUUAAUACCCUUUCCGGUUAAUGUUGCAUUCACGACCUACCUAAGAGUAGGUUCUAAGGGUGUUGGUGAUGUUUCUCUCCGUAAAAGACGGCCAUACUACUAUUUUCGACACAUAUUUUAACCACACGACGCGAACGCACCACAGACGUUUCAAAACAUGGCACAAAUUUAGCUUUACAUUCUUGCUCACGGACAGCUGCAAAACAAGCAAUGGCUUCAUUUGGCUGGAAAAGGAAAAUCGGUGAAAAAGUGUCAAAGUCGGCGGUGCAAAAGUUUGAAGCUGACACCGAGAAAGCUAAGGAUGCUGGUGCAAGUCCUGAUGAAGAGGAGGUGGAUUGGUUGCACGCCAUCAAGCGACGUCGAGAAAUCCUGCUGGAGGACUGCGCGGAGAAGAGCAGGAGGCUGAAGGAUGAGGGGACCGCGCUGGCUGAGCAGGGCAGGCACUGGGAAGCCAUUAAGAAGUGGGACGAGGCGAUUCAGCUGACCCCAGACAACCCACUACUGUAUGAAAUGAAGUCUCAGGUGCUGACCAUCCUGCAUGAGGUGUUUCCAGCAGUGAAAGCUGCAGAGAUGGCAGUGAAGUUUCGCCCGCUGUGGUGGGAGGGCUGGCAGACUCUGGGCCGGGCGCAGCUCAACCUGGGAGAGGUGGACCUGGCCGUCAGGUCCUUCCAGAUUGCGAUCCGCCUGUGCCCGUCAGAGCGCAGCCUGUGGGACGAAGACCUGAAGUGGGCCUGGACGCUACAGAAGCAGCAGGCGGCCACCAAGGAGAAGAUGAGGCAGGAGGAGGAGACCAAAAACCAGAUCCUCAACGCGCCCGAGCUGGAGCGGGACUAUGACUUUGAGUCGGACGAAGUGCUGGCGGCCUGUGAGGCCGUCGCUGAACGACAGAACCACUAUGAGGAGCUGAGGAAGACUACUGUGAUCAUAGACGCCGAAGGGAACAUACAGAAUAUAACCAACCAGGAGGAGAAGUCAGGAGAGAGUUCAGCACCGUCACACCAACAGUUGGUCAAAGCCAGAGGACUUUAAAGGUGUUUCUGCUGGAGGGGGAUCGUCUUUUUAAAGUGUGGAUGCUUUUAUUUAAGGAGCGACUGAGCACAAAAAUCUAAAGGACAUUCAAAGUUUUAAUCAAUCGUCAUCAAGUCUUUGAUCUUCAUCGCAGAGAUCGUGCAUGUAGGAGUUUUAUCUUUCUCCCCUGAAUCAUCAGACUGUGAGGAAACAGAUCCAGAACUACAAAAGUUUUAUUUAUUUAAAGCAAGAUUUCAACUCUGGAAUAAAAGUUUGAAGCCAAAACCUCUGUGUUUGAUUGCUUUGAAAAAGUAGAUCGAGAUUGUCUGACGUUUGCCACCUUUUUAUGUCCGUGAAAGAAAUAAAGUUCCCCAAAAACAUAAAUAUUUAAUACAUUUGUAGAUGAAGUCCUUUAUUGUUUCUUGUCUGCUCUGCUGCUUCAUGUCAUCUCAUAAUGUGUUUUUUUUUGGUCAUAUUUUCAUCUCUGAGACAUCACAGCUCCUGCUCACCGUACAUCAAAACAAUCCUGAAGAUGUUCAGUCUUUUGUGUUUUAAUAAAACAGAACAAAGAAGAAGAAAAAAUGAAAUGGAAAAUAGUAUUUACGUAUCAGUUAUCAAAGUCAUUCCUAAAGGGUUUUGUUGCUUAUCACAGAAGCAAGUGAGUUUUCAGACGCCUAAUUAUUGUGGUUACUGAUGGAGUCUGUUCAUAGGUUAUCAUACACAAAAAACAAUUGAACUGAAUUGAAUCAAGAGACUCAUUUAAAAAAAAAAGCAAAGUUGCCUUUUUUUAAUUUUUAUUUCUUUAACUCCUUGGAUGACUUUUCCAGUAUUUUUGUGGUAAAAAUAGUUUUCCAUGUUGUUUUUAUUGUCAAGUCUAAAUUUAUAAAAAUUCUAAUUUAGCUUUUCUAAAAUCACGGCUUAAAUAAAAUAACUUAUUUUUAUUUCUGAAAGAUUUUUUUUUGUUUUGUUUUAACCCUCCACUUUAUAGGAAUAUUGCUGUCUUUCAUCCGAAGCUACAUUAUAUUCACACAGGACAUGGUAAGUGCGCCUUCUUAAACGCGCGUUUGGUCCAUGGUCACACGAUACUAGCGCCACCUAUAGUUUUAUUUAUUUUAUUAACCUUUAUUUAACCAGGAAGUCCCAUUGAGAUUAAGAAAUCUCUUUUAAAAGUUAGUCCUGGCCAAGAGGCGACAAAAAAAAAAACAUUAAUUGCAGUUAGAAAAUAAAAACAUUUCAUUUAAAAACAGUUAGAAAUAAAAUACUUUUCCUCUCGAGUUCUCAACUUAGAUUUGACAUCAUUUAACAGACGGAGAUCCUAUCCAUAUCUGGGUUCCUGAUUCAAAAUGUAUCCCGGUUUAGCUUUCAGUUGCCACAAGUUUUACUCGUAGAACCCAAAAACAGUCUUAAAAACUCAUAUAGCGUUGUGUGAACGCAACAGUUUUGAAUGCGGAAGCCCAAAAUCGCACACACAUCUAGACUUUUCAUUGGAAGUGGUUGCUCGAGAUCGGUGUGAACGUAGCUUUAGGGGUAACAUUUUCACUCUUGAACUUGAAGUGGAGCCAGUGCACUUCACUGUGUAACCACUAGGUGGCUCAAAACAAAAUUGAUCCUCUUGUCAUUCACUUUAAUGUGGAAUCUGUCAACAGGACUAUGUUUACAAAUAAAUGUGUUGUGGGUGACUUUUUUGUAUAUUGUUUUAUUUUACAUUUAAGCCUGAAAAUUUGGCCUAAAAUGUGGGCAUGGUCACUCGAUUGACCUCACAAGUGUCUAACCGAAAGGCCUCAGUGUGGUUCCAAAAACUGGCAGCGUUAUUUCCAAGAACUUCUCCAUUCUGGAAAAGAAAGGGAUUCAAAGACGCCAUUUCCCAUCAAACUGACGGUGGCGGAGAGGAAACCUGGCUUCAAAUGGCCCAUUACAAAAAAAGUGAUGUCACGCGCCCUCUAUUCAUUUUGCAGUUAUCUCUGAUUCCAUCCAGCUGCUCCUCUGUUGUGAAAGUUGAGCGUCUGCAGCCUUUGUCAUGCCAAUGCACUCUUGGGAAAAGACCAUUUUCUUGGGAAUUAUACCUUGGAAAACCAGUUUUUCCCCUAACCCAGGUCUCAUGCGUAAAUGUUGUCCAGGUUGUUGGACAAAGCAUUCUCUGCACAUGUUACUUAACCUGUUCAAGUUUUUUAACUUUAGGGUUGGCAUCAGAUCUCAUGUCAUGGAUGUUAAUGCUACUGUUUUAGGUCCGUCUAAAGCUGUCAAUGAAGUCAAUCUGCAGGAGAAGAUGAUAUCUGUCUCUCAAGUGUCUCUCGGAUGUUUGUUUUGGUUCUAAAUCUCUUCCGUGA